GGCGCAAGCCGGCGAAGCGACCAAUGAGUCAGCAGCUGGAUUAUUUUACCUAACAAACCUACAUAUACAUAUAUACAGGGAACCAAAAUAGCGCGCGUGUUUGCGCAAUAGAGCGGCUAUAUAAAGUUCAAUAAAGUUGUUGAGCUUUCAGAGCACACAGCAACAUCAACAAUGGCUUUACCGGUAGCUGCUAUACAACUGAGCUCAUCGUCCACGCCGAGUCUGCUGGAGCCCAGCCUUCUCACCGGAGACCGGGACUUGGGAAGGAUUUCCCUGGAAAGUGACUAUGACACCCUGCCUUUACACUCUCCCUGGACUUUCUGGCUCGAUAGGUCUCUACCGGGAACGACAGCAGCUGAAUGUGAGUCAAACCUGAAGAAAAUCUACACAGUGGAGACUGUCCAGAAUUUUUGGAGAGUCUACAACAACAUACCUGGUGUCUCCAGCCUGCCUCUGAGAUGCAGCUAUCACAUGAUGAGGGGGGAGAGGAAGCCUCUCUGGGAAGAAGAAAGCAAUGCCAAAGGUGGUGUAUGGAAAAUGAAAGUACCCAAAGAGUGCACAUCCUCUGUAUGGAAGGAGCUGCUGCUGGCGACUAUCGGAGAGCAGUUCAGUGAUUACUGUGCCUCAGGGGAUGAAGUAGUGGGGGUCAGCGUGAGUGUAAGGGACAGAGAAGAUGUCGUUCAGGUCUGGAACGGAAACGCUUCCUGUGUCAGUGAGUCAAACAUCAUGGGAAAGAUCCACGAUCUCCUUCCAAAGAUAUCUUUUAAAGCCGUGUUUUAUAAACCUCACGAGGAGCAUCAUGCUUUUGAAAAAGGUCGAUCAAGACAUUAGGACAAUUUUCCCAACGCACCCUCUGAGGUCUACAAUUGUUUUGUUUUUUUCUUUCCAAAUUUAGGGGUUGUCGAGCUAAUUGCUAAGUCAUUGAGUUAUUCAUUCUUACGUCAGUCCACCUGAAAUUACAAUUAAUAAGACAGUAAACUUCACUUCUCUGAAAACUACUGACAUUCAUAAAAGAAAGUACAAUCAUUUCACUCGAAAGCAUGAAUUGUUUUAGUUUUCUAUUAUCCAAGACAUUGUUGGUAUGUUUUUAUACUGAAACUUUUCAUAAAGGCAAAACAAUAGAUGUUCAGUUUAAAUGUUAGUUUUAGAUCCAUUCUAAAAUAGUUUGAACAGGUUACUGUGCACACAUCUCUGAAUUAAACCCUAUUAUUGCAUUAGGGUGUACCUUUUUAUCCCAACAAUGUUUUUCAUUGUAAUUUAGAGCCAAAACACUGUUCUCUGUAUUGAGCAGCAUAAAUCUUUUGAAUUAAGCAGGAUAAAUCUUUCGAGUGCUGUUAAUGAACGAGCAAGAUUUUGCACAUUUUUAUUAUUAUUAUUUUUUUCAUGAAGGAUACGAGUAUGUUCCCGUUACAAUGAAAUGACCUCAGUGCACAGAUUAUCAUCCUGAGGACUAGAUGCAGUCAUCUUUAUGAGGUGAAUUUGUGGCUUAUUUUCUGUGUUGCAUUUUGACGUUUUAGUUUCAGCCUCUGCCCUAAAUGGAGUACUUUUUGCUUCCUUCCGUUUUUGUGUAUGUGAAAUACCCUCCGUGUUGCCCCUUUAAAGUCACAGGGAGUAGCAAUGCCUGAGACCAAACAUGAGGCUCUAUUCUGUUUUUUUUUCUGCUUUAGGUAUUAACUGAAAUGAGUCAAUGCGAAAAUGUUCUCUCGUUCCAAACAAUUAUCCUAAAGUGGCCUGAACAAUGGCAAAAGAGUGAGGAAUCAGUCCAAAAAACAAGUGCCAAGUAGUGCCGACAUUAAUACACCAAUAAAAACGCUAAAAGCUACUGAUGUGACAUGGUGGCCUGUGUUUGGUUAGAUUCUGUUUUGGAUUAGAUUUAUUUAAGCUACCACAAGAAAAUUAGGCAACGUCUUUGAGCUUUGUCACCAAGAUGAAAAAAUAACCGUGUUUUUCAGCGAUUCUUUGUUAGUUCUACAGCACAUUCUUUCAUAAUCAUUUAUUUGUUUUUUAAUAUAAUUAUUUGCUACUUAAAAUUGUAAUUAUGUUUAUCAUUUAAUCCAACCAAAGAUGUCUUUGUUUUUUGUUUUUUUGAGUGUCUGUAAAGAGUAGGUUUUUUUAAAUGAUUGUAUUAAUUGCUAAGCAGUAUGUAAUGCUACUAUUUUUAGGUUAUUUCUACAGAACUAUGAAGUAUUCAUUUAAACGUUCUGAGAGCUGCCUUCAUUUUAACAGCCAAAACAAGUGUUGAACUAUUUGUAUGGCUGAUGACUCAGUUUGCCCGCUACUGGACUGUGUCAAUAGUGAUAGAGGGAAUUAUAUUUUAAAGUACACAUUUUGUCAGACUUUCUUUGCUUUCCGGUGUACUUCAGUUGAUCAAGCUUAUACUCUAGUCUGAGAAUAGCAAUACUUGCACAUAUACUUCUAAUAGUUCAUUUUAGAUCCAAAUUUUGUAACUGAUUGUUGUUCUUGAAUGGUGCCUUGUGUUUCUUAGUGUUUUUACAAAGUUCAAGCAGUUCUCAGCAUGUCAGUGUAUAUAGAUUUCUUUUCUCCAUUGAUUUUUCAUGUCUUAUAAUGAAAAUAAAAGAUUCUUAAACUUCAACAAA